GGGAGGUGGUGAUGGCGAGAGCUGCCUGCUGGGGUGCUAGCCUGUCACUGGGGUGUGAAGGGUUCGCAUUCACCUCACCACUGUCACUGAGACCCAGAAGACUGGCCCAUCCACCUGGGUCACCGGUGGCUGUUAUUAAAGGUGACAUUCUCACUGCCAUCCAUAAACAGAGCAGCGUUGAGGGGCCUCAUCACUGUGCUCCUAACUUCCGGAGGAGUAGGAGGAAGAGGCAGAAGUCCUUGCAGAGGGAUUUCACCUUGGCUCUUGAGCUGGACACACUGGGAGUCCUUGGGAAUAAGACUCAGGUUUGGGAGUUUUGUUUGGAGCUGGUUACCUUGUAUCCUCAAUUCUACAGACCUCACAUGGGCCUUGUAAGGAGUGUGCUUUCCUCUUGGAUCUAUUAAGUAAUCAUCAAGUGAUUUUUUUUUUUCAAAGUGUACUGUAGAUUGAUCUAGAAAAAGAAAGCUCUUUCUGUGUGCUGAGGGAUUUGGUUUGGGUUCUGUCUUCCAUGGAGCUAAAAUGGCAUUAUUCAGCCAGCAUGAUUAAACUCCUAGGUAAAAAGUUUCGGCUCUUCCUUUGCUGAACACGCUGACCUAACUCAGAAGGCGAGGCUCUCUCUCCUCUUCCCCAUCCCCUCCUCCUAGCAGCCGCUGACAUUGACAGCUCAUCUACCCAAAUGUUUUCCCUUCAACUCUAAUAAAACUGUCCUCAACCCUCAAAUACCAGAAGCUUCAAAAGCCAGUUAUUAUGACAUACACCUGUAAAUCUCAGCCCUCAAGAAGCUGAGACAGGGGGAUUAUUAUGAGCUUAAGGUCACCCUAGGAAUACAAGGCCAGUCAGAGACACAGAGCAAGACCUUGUCUCAAAACAAAAUUAUAAAACUGAUCAUGAAAUUUCAUCACUGCUGGAACAAAAGUAGACCUGGCUUAUUUGAAAUGUGAAAAGGGAGAACAAAUGUGCUUCAUAACAGUAUGUCUCAAAAGUUAGCUCGUUGAUGUAUUUUUAGAGUUACAUAUUUAAGGCUGGAAGUAUAAUAUCAAGAAUUGUGCCCUGUCAUUAAAUACAUCACAGAAAUAGAUGUAAUGUGUCUUCUUAAGCCUAAACGCAACCACAUUCUUGUAAGGUGACAUCUGUGGAGCUAAGCUUUAUCUGUUUAUUUGUUCCUUAUAGGCAGGCCAGGAAGCUGUCAGAUUAAACAAACUUCUCUGGUAUACAAAGAAAGAGUUAAUAGCUUGGUUUUCACUGAAAAGCCUCCCCCCCAUCAGCUCAGGCCCUUGAAGCAUGGAACAAAAGUGGGGUUUUGCUCACUGCAAGUAGCCAAGGGUUCUGGUGGCUGUAGUCAUUUGAGAAAUUUCUUGUGAAUUAGUGACCAUUUCUCACAUGGUGGGUACUUCCACUCCUCUCCAACCAAAGUAUUUAAGAAAGAUGCCUCAAGGUCAUGGGUUCCUACAAGAAGAUGGGGUGCAGGAACUUCCUAGGACCUGUCUUCAUACUGCCUCCCACUGAUAAGGCAGGCCAAAGGGCAAGUCCUUUAAUCUUUAGUAGCCCAACACCUCCACCCCUCAGGCACUCCUUGGGUGGGGAAGAAUCUCCCAGAAGCAGCCAGGCUUUGCCAGGAACUGAAGUCAUGUAUACGGAAGUGCAGGGCUCAGGAACCCCCAAACUGCCUAUCAACCUGGACUGGCUCCUAAUUCUUACUUGUAAGGUGAUCUCCACUUUCUUGCUUUUGGCCUGUGGAAAAUGCUAUGUAGGACAGAUACCCAGGCUUUAUGGAAGACACCCUCAGGAAUGACAUGUUCUAAACAAAGAAUCUGCAAGAACCAUCUCACUGCUGGAAAGGGCUAACCCAAGUUCACCUCAUGUCCUUGGUACAGCCACUUAGGGCCGGGGUGAACUAUAGAGAGUGGUAUUCUUGUCCAUUUCUUCUGUUAUAAACAAAAGGGUCUUUAUUACUUUUCAGAAGACCCCCCUUGAAUUGGGUGACCUGCUUUUUGCUGGAUUGUCUUGAGUGACCAGUAGACUAAACAUGCUAGAAAUAUUUGAAUUUAACCUUGUUUUCCUUAGUGACUUAGACUGCUGUAGUCUUUUAAAGCAAUGGUUCUCAACCCCGUGGGUUGUGACCCCUUAUGGGGUUGGAAUGACCCUUUUGCAGGGUCGUUCCUAAGAUAUUCACAUUAAGACCUAAGAUAUUUACAGUAUGAUUCAUAACAGUAGCAAAAUUACAGGUAUGAAGUAGCAAUGAAAAAAUUUAUGGUUGGGGGUCAGCACAACAUAAGGAGCUAUAUUAAAGGGUCGCAGGAAGGCUGAAAACCACUGCUCUAGACUUUCAGAUCCAUUGUUGAGGCUGCUUUUCCUUCAUAGUUUUUGUCUGAAGUAUUUGUUUGAGACAGGCUCUUGUAGCCCAGGUUGGCCGGGGGCUUCCAGUCCUUCUGUCCAAGUUCCCAUGUGCAAGGAAAGAGGCAUGCACCACCACGCAUAGCUAAACUCACGGCUUUUAAUAUUAAAGUAAUAUUAAUGAAAAUUGAAUAUCUUCUAUUCAGGUGCAGUAGGUAGAUAGAAAGAAAGUCUUCAGAAUAUUUAAUUCAGAGGCCCAGGGUGGGAGUGGGGGCAAACAGUAAAGCUAGUGCCUCUAUCUGUCCUGAUUCUUGGGGUGUGGAACCAAUAUUCUUAGGAAGAAAAUAUGAUCCCUCUACCACCUCUGUGACCUCCGCCCCUCAGCAUUCAUUCAAGCUCUGUGGUUCUUUGACACCUCCCUCAUCCAUUCACUUCUUAGAAGUCAGGUGAGCAGUGAGAAGGGACGUGAGGGAGAGCUUACAGAGGAAGCAGCCCUCAGGGCCGCGUGAGCCCCAGUGGCAGCACUGGGUGGGGGGAGGGAAAGCUCUACAAACCUCAUCCAUGGGGCCAAUUGUUGAGCAAACUACAGAGUGUUGUGCGGAUUGGUCAACGAGAGAACAUUUUAAAACCAACAAUACCUCAUGGGGGACGAGCUGUGGCAAAGAAAGUGUGAACGGCAAGACUUCCACACUUCUGCCUCUUCACAGGCCACAUACUGACAUGCUUCCAGGACAUGGCAGCAACAGUCAGGGAAAUUUAAUAUAGUGUCCUUCAGUAAGAACUAAAACUUCAUCUUCAUAAUUCGUUUUAUUUAAGAUGAAGUUUUAUUUUUAACCACACAGAUACUUAUAGUGGGGAAUGAAAGUCUCUUUGGGGCAUGGAAUACAUAGUAAAUAAGAGAGAACUCUCAAGUUGUGGAGCUUCAGACUGUGGCUUCCCAGUGAUCCAUCUCUCUGCCUGAUGGGAACUUAGCCUGCCUCUGACCAAAGGCUUCCAUAGCUUUACCAAGAGCCUGUUUCAAUUUUUCAGACUCCUAGCUUUGUCUUAAUGCUAAAUACACAACCCGGCUUCUAAGUUCCAGAUCAGCACAAGCUUUGAAUCUUUCUGCUACAAUUGCCAAGGCUGCUGGCCAGGUGCCCCACAGUCCAGACCCUCAAACUCUUUUGCUUCGGCCUCUUAGCUGAUCCCCUUGUAAAAUAAAAGAUCCUCAUUCAAGACUCCGACACCUACUUAGAGUCUCACAGGUGCCCCCAGAAUGCCAGGAUCUUCCUGGAACCGUGGAGUGAGUAUGUCUUCAGGGAGCCUGGACACUCUUCUGGUGUAGCCCAAGUCAUUUUUUCCAUAGUAAUACAAAGACACUAAAGUCCUGCUGAUAACAAUGCUCCUCAUACAGAGCACUGAUACUCUUUAACUACAGAGUUAUGACGUAUUAUUAAAGGAACUGUGAGGAUGCAACUAUGUUAUUGACAUUAUGAGAUGUCUACAAACAUUAACUAGGAUAUUGUCCAUGUCAUUGCCCAAUUGCUACAAAGUAACUGAAGAGUGUCAUUUUAGACCUUUGCUGGACGUUAAACAGAAGUACCCUCUGUCAGGCCCGGGGAUACAGUUCAGCUGAUAGAGUGCUCACCUAGCACACACAAAGUUCUGGAGUUCCAUUCCCAGCAUUAUGAACAAAUAAAUGGAUACUUUUUAUUGGUUGCCAAUUAAAAUUGUACUGUCUGGAGUGAGACAUGGUGGUACAUACCUGUAAUCCCAACUCAGGAGGUAAAGGAAGGAGAAUCAGGAGUCCUAGGCCAGUCUGGGCUCCAUGAGACUCUGUCUCAAAAGCAAAAACAACAACAGCAGAAGUUAACCAUAGCCGUAUAAUCCAAGGAAUGUAUCCACUACUUUUUUGUACAUUGAGCACAAGUAACUCUCUUACAUUUUCACAUUGUGGAUUUUUGACUUUUGUUUUCUCAUUUUGUUUUGGUUUUUACAGACUUAGGCCUCUCCGGUUACCUUUGGUCUGAGUUGUCCCAUCUCUCUGUGGCCUUAGGUUCCCGACCCCUCACCUGCCUCUCAUAACAAUGGACAGAGUUUUUGAAAAGCUUCAUUCCUCCACUUUUGCAAAUCCUUGAGGAUGGAAUUCAUUUCCCCCUUCUCUUUUUUAUUAAAAAAGUUAAAAUUUAACUCAAUCUAGGCUGAACUAAAAUCAUUGUGUGCAUUUGCACCUGUACUGGGGGUGGGUAAGCAAGUUCAGGUUCAGUGUGGCUACCAAUCCAGACGUUCUGGUGAUAGCCCUGUAGUCACAGCAUGUGAUCAGCUUUUGCAACUAUGAACUUUCUGAUGUUCUGGCCAAUGGCAAGGGGACGAAUUCUUGAAACCAAAUCAUGGAAAUUUCUAGUUAUACCCCUAUCAUGCCCUCUUCUAUCCCCCACGGUGUGCACCUCAGCUGCCAUUGUCUGACCCAGCAGGACAGAUAGCAUCACACAAGGGUCAGAUGAUGUGGUAGCUACUUGGUGAGCCCAAACUUGGUGGCUUUCUGGGAAAAAACAUAGACUCUAAAAUUAAUCAAACCCAGGACAUCCCAGGGGACACGGUGGGCAGUGUGAGGAGUGGCCAGCAAUGCUGAGGGCAGGCUGUGGACUAGGGCGUGGUUAGACACUGACCAUGGUUAACUUGGGGGAAAGUUGGACAGUGUUCCUCACCCACUUCCAAGAGAAAGUCUCCUGAGACCAGCAGCAAAAGGACUUUGGUGACUCUUUCAUCCCCUCCAACUGGAUGAAAACUUGCCUGUCUUCGUUUCUAAAGAUUUUCAGUGUCUGUCAUUCAUUACUCCCACACACAUACACAGUUUUUUUGUUUUGUUUUGUUUUGUUUUGUUUUUUUUUUGGUUUUUCGAGACAGGGUUUCUCUGUGUAGCUUUGCGCCUUUCCUGGAAAUCACUUUGUAGACCAGGCUGGCCUUGAACCCACAGAGAUCUGCCUGCCUCUGCCUCCCGAGUGCUGGGAUUAAAGGCGUGCGCACCACCGCCCAGCAACACAUACACAUUUAAAAAAAAAAAUAAGAGCAUGCCAACCAAUUCUUUCUUUUUGGUGAUGUGGGAUAAGAAGCAGCUGUUUGAAUUAUAAUGAGAGUUGCCAUAGAACAAUUGUUCUCAACCUGUGGGUCUUGUCCCCUUGGGGUUUAAAUGACCCUUCCACACGGAUCACCUAAGACCAUCAGAAAACACAGAUAUUUACAUUAUGAUUCGUAACGGUAGAAAAAUUACAGUUAUGAAGUAGCAACAAAAUAAUCUUAUGGUUGGGGGUCACCAUGCCAUGAGGAGCUGUAUUUAAGGGUCACAGCAUUAGGAAGGCUGAGAACCACGGCUGUAGAGGAAAGAGGAUUCUUUUCUCUCAGGUUGUCAAAUCAGUCUUUUAGAAAGAAGGAACAUCCUGGGCUUCUGUGGCCCCUGGUACAAUGGACCCGUAUUUUUGAGCAACAGCCAACACAUGGCCUGCUUCCAUCGGAGGACAAGGAAACAAUUUGUGUCAAACCUUGUGAUUCUCUUUUGGGGAGGAUAGUUGAAGAUAUUAACUUUCCUGAGAGCACAUGAUAGCAAGCAGAUGGUCCAUUCGAGCUAGAAAUAAGUAUACACUGUAUAAGGUCAGCUGACAGCAUUGUUUCUUCUUAGUCUGCUAAGUAAACCAUACUACGGCAUUCUAAUGAGUGAUUUUUGCUGUUAUUUUGUGGCUUGGAUAAAGUGCUUAAUUACUAAAACCUAUGGGGGAAGUUCUGAAUCCCUCAGUAAAACCACAAUGAUACAAUGUGUGCAUUUGCCUAGUGAAGAAAGGGAAUUUGGGCACGAGUUCGUUUUCCUGUGUUCUUGGGUUAAUGACAAACACCACCUAAUACACAACCUGUGUUCAAUUGAACUUAGAUAACUUAUAUAGCAUGUGAAAGGCACAAUUCUUAUACUAAAAGUGAAAUCAAGUACCUAUUUACUGUGCCGAUCAUUUAUUAAAACUCCUCACCUAGUAAGGAAGUUGUCAGGUUGAUGCUUGCCUCGUAGGUGGAAUACAUGAAGUUUGUCCACUAUUUGUGACUUGUGGUCAGAAAUGAGAGAACAUCUUUAUAAUGGCCGUUCCUUGUCAGAAAAGCACAUAGUAGAUGGCGGACUAGGCAGUUGAGACCUGCCUAGAUUCACGUGACCUUGGAAUUUCACUAUGAGGGUGGUUGGUUAAUUCAGAGGUGCCUUCCACUAAUCAGUUCUGCUCCUUUUUGUCUAUUUAGGAAUAAAACCCACACGAUGGACUGGGGGACCCUGCACACUGUCAUUGGUGGUGUGAAUAAGCACUCCACCAGCAUAGGGAAGGUAUGGAUCACAGUCAUCUUUAUUUUCCGAGUCAUGAUCCUUGUGGUGGCAGCCCAGGAAGUAUGGGGUGAUGAGCAGGAGGACUUUGUGUGCAACACCCUGCAGCCAGGGUGCAAGAAUGUCUGCUACGACCACUUCUUCCCGGUAUCCCACAUCCGGCUCUGGGCCCUGCAGCUCAUCUUCGUGUCCACGCCAGCACUGCUGGUGGCCAUGCAUGUGGCCUACUAUAGACAUGAAACCGCCCGUAAGUUUAUCCGUGGGGAGAAGAGGAAUGAAUUUAAAGACCUGGAGGACAUCAAACGGCAGAAGGUACGCAUCGAGGGCUCGCUGUGGUGGACAUACACCAGCAGCAUCUUCUUCCGCAUCAUCUUUGAAGCCGCCUUCAUGUAUGUGUUCUACUUCCUCUACAAUGGGUACCACCUGCCCUGGGUGCUGAAAUGCGGCAUUGAUCCCUGCCCCAAUCUUGUGGACUGCUUUAUUUCGAGGCCAACGGAGAAAACGGUGUUUACGGUGUUUAUGAUUGCCGCAUCUGUGAUUUGCAUGCUGCUCAAUGUGGCUGAGCUGUGUUACCUGCUGCUAAAAUUGUGUUUCAGGAGAUCCAAAAGAACACAGGCGCAGAGGAACCAUCCCAACCAUGCCCUGAAAGAGAGCAAGCAGAAUGAAAUUAAUGAGCUGAUCUCAGAUAGCGGUCAGAACGCAAUCACAAGUUUCCCAAGUUAAGUUUGUCAAGUGUAGGUGAGCCCUGCCACAGCAUGCGCCCUCUCUGUAGACGACGGCACUCUGACUACUCCCUCUAGGUCGAGAGUUUGUCUAUAAAUGACUCAUAGCAAAUAGAUACUUGAGUUCAAUUUUUGUACAACACCUGAGCUAUUCACAUACAACGUAAGUCAAAAUUGAGGUCCAUCUCUGAAAACAAAAUCCUGGUGACUAAUGAACCUUGAAGUCACCUUGACAAGUCCUGUGGGGACUGUCUGACUUAGUGUGGAUUUCCUGAAAAUUUAUAUAACUUGUUGAUAAAGAGCGUUUUGUCUAGAAAUUAAUAGUUUUAUCAGUAAGAUAUUUUUAUAGGGUUGAAUAUUUUAGUUCUGACCUUGAACUUAUAUAUAAAGUAUUUUUUUUAUGACUGGCCUUCCUUACCUGGAAAAAAAAAACAACAUUAGCUUUGCAAGUGAGCCCCAAGUUUCUAAAGUUUGAACUUGUAAAGGGUCUAGCAUCUUAUGAAUAUUGUUUCACACUGAGGACAGUUUUAUAAACUAGUGUGUGCUCUUAAGGUGGGAUGUGUUCACUGGACAAUAUAUGUUGCUGCUUGCUGAAUACAGAUGGAAUUGAAGGAAAUGGGACACUUUUAAAACUGGCCUUCUCCACCUAUGGUGAACGGUGCAAACACGAAUGUGAUCACCCCAAUAAAGCUUCACCCUGUCGCUUAA